AGGAUGUAAUUUUAAUACCGAUUUACAUGGGGAUGAGGACAUCCAAUGUAAAAAUAACAAAGGUCCCACCUCAAAUUGACCCAAUGUGGUUGAUGGCGGCGGUCCUGGCAAAGAAGGUAGAUGAGGUAAAUAUACUUCAAACUAUCGUCACCGAAAAACCAUAUUGGAUAGGCCACACGGUCCACUUAUUAAUUCAAGGAGAACAGACUGUAAUUGAACAACUUCCAGAAAAAAUAGAAGUUGGGGAGGAGUUGUUCCUCAACGUUUUUGUCGAGGGUCGAAAGCCCCGAUGUUUUUUGUGCGGCAAAUUAGGCCACAUUCGAAGGAACUGCAUGGAAAAUGAGGAAGACGAGGAAGAGGAGAAAGAAGAAAAAGAGGAAGAAGAAGAAAAAGAAGAAAAAGACGAGAAGAAAACAACAAACAAAAGAAAAAUACAAUCAGCAGCUCAACCGAGAGUGGCGACUACUACAGAACAACGACCAAAAAAGACUGCAAGAAGAGAAAAAGAGGAGAAAGGCAUAAUAGCCGUAUACAGUAAAGAUACUGAACUAAUGAGAGACAUUCAAUUAAUUAAGACUGCAAAAAAAAUAGAUAACCUUUCGGAGAAAUACAACAACUAUGACGUAUAUGAAGUCUCAAAUAAGACUCAGAAUUUUACAAUACAAACACCGUAA